UCAGCCGCUCCAUCAGCAUGCUGCUUUUCAGUUCUCUGUGUGUGAUGAUGGCUAUCUUCAGUGCAGGACAUCUGCUAGCUCUGUAUCUCUAUCAGCUGCCAAUGUCGCAGCAGCUUGUACCACCAGAGGACAUCUAUGCCAGGCUGUUUGGGAUGACAGGAGUGAUCCGAACCAACAUUUCAGACCCACACACCCUUGGUCUGCACACACAUGUGUGCUGGCCUGACUUCAUUAACCCUUUCGUUCUGCUGUUGCUCUACUACACACUGAUAGCUCUGCUGCACAAGUGGAUUCACCUCACAGAGGAGAUGUGUGAGACUGAAAUUGCUGAUGAUGACAAAACAGAGAGUCCAUUAGAGAGUCCAGAGGCUCCACCGAGCUUCUCAAGGGUCAUCUACAUCUCAGGAGACAAGCUAGAGCUUCUGAGCAGCACAGACGAUGAGACCUAUUUACCUGACGAGGGAGUGAUUUUGCCACCUGGAGUUUCCUGGAAAAAUAUUGAAAGCAAAAACCUCGGAUGUUUGAUAGAAGGAGAAGAGUUCCCAAGCUGCUACUCGCUGCCCCAUUAUGGAGGCAAAGAGUCACCUUCAUAUGAAAGUGAUGAAGAAAGAGUAAACAGGAGUGAGGAGAUGUCAAAGAGUCAGGCAGACACUUUACCUCCCCCCCAAGGACCCAGUGGUCUGGUUAUCUUCGGGAGACUGUUGCAGAAACACAGCUAUGUCAGCGCCCUCAUCAUCAUGAUGGUGUGGAGUAUCACCUACAACAACUGGCUAACCUUUGCCCUGCUCGUGUGGUCCUGCAUCAUUUGGAUGAUGCGGGACAGGAGGCGUUACGCCAUGAUGUCUGCCCCCUUCCUUGCCCUGUAUGGUACCGUCCUGGUAGUGCUGGGCUUCCUGAGCGGGCUCCGCCUCAGCCGGGCCGAGCUUUACCCUGGUCUGCCCAUGACAGUAAUAGUGGACUUUGAUCUAAACAGCUAUCACCCUGCACCCUGUUUGCAUUUAGGAGCUAAGGUCCUCUAUAGUUUCAGCUUCUGGGUGACGUUUCGACAGCAGCUGAAGGAGCGAAAAGAGGAGCAGAAUAAAAGAGCAGAAUCCCUCGAUGAAGUUAAAGUCAUGUCAUCUGCCGAGGAGGAGAGUCAGCCAUCACCUAUUGUGGCUAUGCUGAUCUCUGGUUUGAAAGGCAUGUUGGUGAAGUACUGGAUCCUUUUCUGCUGCUCCAUGUUCUUUGUGGUCAGCUUCUCUGGAAAGGUUGUUGUCUACAAAAUCCUCUACAUCGUUCUCUUUCUUUUCUGUGUUGUUCUCUACCAGAUCCGUUACGAUGUUUGGCGCCGGGUUCUGAAGACGUUCUGGGCAGUGGUGGUGGGCUACUCCAUGGUGGUGUUGAUAUCCAUCUACAUGUACCAGUUCAGAAGUGUAUCUGCACUCUUUAGACAAAUAAUGGGCAUGUCAGAGGAAGGCCUUCGGGAUCUGGGUUUGGAGAGGUACAGCACAGUGGAGUUGUUUGCUCGCAUCCUGCUUCCCGCUACAUUCCUGCUAGCUUGUAUCCUUCAGCUUCAUUACUUCAACUUUGACUUCUUGACUCUCACGGACUUGGAGAAUGUGCCUGUCCGGCAGAAGCCUAGAGAGGAAGAACUCAGAAGUUCAGUCAAUGUGAUAUCUGACAUCAUCAAAGAAAACAUUGAGAAGUUUCAGCAAAAGCUGGUGAAGGAGCAGCUGGGAAACGGUAAAAGUCAGGAAACUCUUGACAGUAUUGCGCUGCAAACAUCCUUUGAGAAAGGAGCUGAGGAGCAGGAGGAGACACAAUCAGAGGAAAUCAAUCCCGGGGACAAGUGGAUUGUGAUUGUGGACCGAGCGAGCCUGCUUCUUAUUCACGCCAUCUCUGGGCUUCAGAAAAUCCAGGAGCUGUGCUGGAGACUGAUGGAGCUUCACAGUCUCAAAAUCGUUUCCUCCGGCAUCAUCUGGGUUUCUCUGCAGGAGGUUUCACUCAUGAACUUCCUGUUUCUGGCUCUUUGGGUGUUUGCACUCCCAUUCCCAAAACUACGGCCUUUAGCGUCCAGUAUUUCUGCAGUGUGGGCCUGCGUCAUGGUGGUGUGCAAGAUGUUUUACCAGCUCAAAGUCAUCAAACCUCUUGAUUACUCCUCCAACUGCACUGCUAGUCUGAUGUCUUCUAACAGCUCUGGAGUGGACGCUGAGAUGGAGAUGAUGGGAAACAUAGCUGAGCUGCUCAGAAGGUCGAUUCUCUACGUUGAGCCUGUUGAUCCAGUUUACUGGUGUGGGGCACUGCGCAAGUGUGAGGGCAGGAUCCUCCCCUGCCUGAGGAACCAUCUGAUGGUCUUGGGUUUGCUUGUAUUCGAGGCGACUGUAAGUCGUCACCAGCUCUACUUCCGUCUCCAUAACGACCUGAAGCCUCCACCCUUCAGCAUCAUCUUCAAAGGCAUCACAAGGACACAUCUCGACCACGGCGUUCUGCCCUGCAUCAAAUACUUCAUCAACUUCUUUUUUUACAAAUUUGGACUUGAGAUCAGUUUGAUUGUGGCAGUGAAUGUAAUCGGUCAGAGGAUGGAUUUCUAUGCCCUGCUGCACUCCUGUGCUUUAAUGGCAGUCCUGUCGCGACGGCGCAGGAAAUCUAUCGGGGAGGUGUGGCCUAAAUACUGCUGCUUCACAGCCGGCCUCAUGGUGCUGCAGUACCUGCUCUGCAUCGGGAUCCCGCCGGCUUUUUGUGUUGAUUAUCCCUGGAGAACGGCAUUAAAACCCCUCACCUCAAACGUCAUUAAGUGGUUCUACAUGCCUGACUUUGCGAUGAGUCCCAACCCAUCGUUCAUUUUCUAUGACCACCUCCUGCUGCUCUGCUCAUCUCUGCAGUGGCAGGUGUUUGUGGAGGAGAACCGAGCAGCAGUGCGGCUGCUGGCCGGUGACAAUGUGGAGAUCAGCCGCAGUUUGGACCCUUGUUCAUUCAACCAGUUCAUACCGGUUGGCAACUUCCUUCAUUGCAGGUGCUACCUUGAUAUGAUCAAGGUGUUCGUCUUCAGCUACUUCUUCUGGCUGGUGCUCUGUCUCAUCUUCAUCACUGGCACCACACGGAUCAACAUCUUCUGCCUGGGGUACCUGGUGGCCUGCUUUUACUUCAUGCUGUUUGGCAGCAGUGUGCUGAUGCAGCCGGUCAGAUACAUCCUUCGACUGUGGGACUGGCUCAUUGGCUACACCUGCUUUGUGAUCGCUAUGAAGAACCUACUGUCUCUUGGUUCCUGCGGAUACCUGGACAGCCUGUUGAAAAACAGCUGCUGGUUAAUUCAGGCUUUCAGCAUGUUCUGCACCAUCAAAGGCUAUGAUGUCCCGGAGCCUGUCGAUGAAUGUGAGCUGCCAGAGGGGGAGGCCGGCAUUGUCUGGGAUGCGAUCUGUUUCACUGUCCUCCUGGCUCAAAGGAGAGCUUUCCUCAGCUACUACUUCCUCUAUGUGGUGUCAGAACUAAAGUCUUCCAAGAUCCUGGCCUCAAGGGGAGCCGAGCUGUUUGAAGCCAAAGUGAAGAAGCAGAUAGCAGCUCGACUGGAGAUGGAGAAGAAAUCUGUUGAGACUCUGAAGAGACAGAUGGAGAAGAUUAAAUCCAAACAGAAGGGUGGGCCGACUGUCGCUAAAAAAGCAGGAACUCCAGUGGAUCAGGAGCAGAUGGCACUCGAUAAAGAGGAACAAGCAAAGAAAGAUGCAGGAAAAUGGUGGAAGCCUUGGGUUUCUCAGCCUGGAGUGGAAAACAACUGUGGCUAUCACUUGUUUGAGAGUGACAGUGAAGAAGAAGAGGAAGAAACUACUGAGAAAAAAGAAGAGGAAGAACCACCAAAGAAGAAAUCUGCUUUCCAGCUGGCCUACAAUGCCUGGGUUACCAGCUCUAAAAGCGCCUUAAAGGAUCUGAGGAAGGAGAAUAAAAAAAUAAAGAAAGAAGAGAGGAAGAGGGCAAAGAGAGAGCUGCAGCGGCAGCAGGGGAUUGAAAGAGCUGACUCUAGUGAGGAUGAACUGGAGGAAAGCACUGUUGAGUUGGACGAAGAGGAAAAAGAAAACAUUGUACAACGCAUUAUUAGCACGGUGAAGUUCGGCUGGGUGUUUCUUCAGUCUCUACUCGAUGACCUGACAGACGGUUUAAACUCAUUCUGCAAAGACAACUUGGAUAUUUCCAAAGUUCUGCGCUUUGAGCGAGCGUUACUCAACCAGCAGCAAAAGAAGGGCAAAGAAGUCAGUCAGGAGAGUGUGAAGCAGUUUUAUGAAACCUGGAUAUCCCGCCAGAACACCAUGUGUUCUCUGGAUGGUCUGGAUACGUCACCGCCUCCCUGUUCUCCACCUGCUGCCUCCUCAUCACAACACGCCUACGCCAGGCUGAAGAGUCAAGCCUCCAAAAUGUCCUGGGGGAGUAGCUUUUCCAGCUGUAUGACAGAUGAGACCCUGCUGGUUUCACGGCAGCCGACACAAGAGGAGCUGGAUGAACCUCCUGCCGCUCCCCCCUCCGGAAACCAGCUCAGACGAAGACUCCUCAAGGAGGCGAAGAUUGAGCUUACCUCCUUUGAGGCAGAUGAACUGUCGCAAAGCCUUGAUGAAGACGCCUGCUCAGCUGAAGAUGAUGACAGAGAAGAUGCAGAAGAUGAUAGGAAAUCUGAGCAAGAUGCUGAAGAACAAUAUCCACAUGAGGAUCCAGAAUUGGAAAGUGACGAGCAGGAGGAGACGUUGAAGCCUCCAGAAACUGAUGAAUGCUACAAAUAUGCAGACUGUGGCUCGCUGGAUCACAGAGAAAGCGAUGGAGAGAGAAGUAUCGACCUCACCGAGUCUCAGAGACCUUUAAGCCAGGAGACGAGGAACCUCACUGCCAGCGAGCUGCUGCUCAACAAUAUGUUUGAAAAUGAGGAGAUCUCAGCAUCAGAUAAGUUUUUUGUGACGUUGCCGAGGCCGGUGAAGUUGGGGUUUGCCCUCUACAACACCAUGGUGUCAAAGUCAGAGAUGCUCUGCUACUUUGUCAUCAUCCUCAACCACAUUGUGUCGGCUUCGUUCCUCUCCCUCAUCCUGCCGGUCCUCAUAUUCCUCUGGGCUAUGCUGUCUGUCCCCCGGCCAACUAAGCGCUUUUGGAUGACAGCUAUAAUCUACACAGAAUUGACAGUCGUGGUGAAGUACUUUUUCCAGUUUGGAUUCUUCCCCUGGACGACCUCUGCUUACCGAGGCAUCAACGCUGAGCGGCCCUUUGCCUUACCCAACAUCAUCGGAGUGGAGAAAAAAGACGGUUAUGUCCUGAUGGAUCUCAUCCAGCUGCUUGCUUUGUUCUUUCACCGUUCUAUUCUAAAGUGUCACGGGCUGUGGGACAACAAAGAGGUGGAAAUGCCCGAUUUCUUCAAAAAGCUAAAGAAGAAAGUGGACAAGAAGAAAAUGACAGGAGCAGAUAAGAUGGGAAGUGCAGAGAAACCUCGACGCCGACUCAAGUUCCUUCCUCUCCAGGCCUCUACAACCUCUAUAUUCUGCAGACAAAAAACAGGCGGCUCCUCCGAAUCUUUUGGGGAAAAGCCAAAGAAACAGAACAGCAAGAAGAAGAGACGGCAGCGAAACACGAUUCCUCUCACCAGAAAACAAAGAAUCAGACAGCAGAUCAGAGAGAGGAUGCUUCAAGCCAAAGCUGCCAUCAUAGAAGUAGCUCUUCACAUAUACCUUCCCAUAAGACAGUUCUUCUAUGACAUCAUCCAUCCAGAGUACAGUCCUGUGUGUGACGUCUACGCUCUGAUGUUCCUCAUCGACGUGGUCAACUUCAUUGUCACCAUUUAUGGAUACUGGGCUUUUGGGAAAUACUCUGCUGUCGCUGACAUCACAGAGUCUCUGUCAGAAGAUCAGGUUCCAGAGGCCUUUUUAGUCAUGCUGCUCAUGCAGUUCGGUACCAUGAUCGUGGACCGGGCCUUGUACCUGAAGAAGUCACUGCUGGGAAAGUGUGUUUUCCAGGUGGUGCUGGUGUUUGGCAUCCACUUUUGGAUGUUCUUCAUUCUGCCCGGUGUCACAGAAAGGAGGUUCAACAGGAAUCCAAUAGCUCAGCUGUGGUACUUUGUAAAGUGCAUCUACUUUGGCCUCUCUGCCUACCAGAUCAAAUGUGGCUACCCCAACCGCAUUCUGGGCAACUUUCUCACCAAGAACUAUAACUACCUGAACCUCUUUCUUUUCCAAGGUUUCCGGAUGGUUCCUUUCCUGACCGAGCUCAGAGCAGUGAUGGAUUGGGUUUGGACUGACACAACUCUGUCUCUCUCCAGCUGGAUUUGUGUUGAAGAUAUCUAUGCAAAUAUAUUCGUGCUCAAAUGCUGGAGGGAGUCUGAGAAAAAAUACCCCCACCCACCUGGACAAAAGAAGAAGAAAGUGGUCAAAUAUGGGAUGGGAGGGUUCAUCAUUUUUGCUCUCAUCAGCAUCAUCUGGUUCCCGCUGCUCUUCAUGUCUCUCGUCCAAUCAGCAGCUGGAGUGACGAAUCAGCCGGUGGAAGUCUCCAUCCAGCUCAGCAUUGCAGGUUAUGAGCCUCUGUUUACUAUGAGUGCACAGGAGCAGAAUUUGGUCGCGUACACAGAAGCCGGAUUCAACAAACUCACCAAAGUUUAUGCCACUCAUCCGUCUGCCAUGCAGUUCCUGAUGAACUAUGAAGCUGAAGAUAUCGUAGUUGCUAAGAUCAAAAGUGAUGCCAGUCUGCUGUGGAGCAUCAGUCCUGCCAGUCGAGCCGCCAUGAUAGAGGAACUCAGCAGCUCCCCUCAUCUGUACAUGUCCUUCCGCUGGAUUCUGCUCAGGAAUGCUUCCAUAUCCAUGAAUGUGGAGGCAGUGGGAGAACACACUGUGAAGUUUAAUGACAAAGCCCUGAAGGAUGGAAUAGUGAGCAUGCUCAAAGGCAACAGCAGCAAGCCUGUGAUCAUUCAUUCUCUCUUGCCAAAGUUCUUAAGGGGUCCGAAGGGACAGGAGUCCAAAAUGGCAACCAGAAUGACAGUUGAGCAGUCUGAUCGUCCGGACCUGCAGGCGCUGGCGUUCUUUAGGCCCAUGUCGAUAAAACUUCAGCAGACCAGUGGAAGCUCAGACAAAGAGGCAGACCAGUGGUGGGUGGUGGAGGAGUGUUCUCCAGUUCUCACCUCCUCUGAGCCCAAAUGUUCGAGCAUCGAGAUUAUGGUGUUCAACGAUAAAGUCAGCCCCUCCAGUCUGGGCUUUCUGGCUGGACAUGGCAUUGUGGGUCUCUACAUGUCGGUGGUGCUGGUCAUCGGGAAGUUUGUCAGAGAGUUCUUCAACGGGAUAUCUCGGUCCAUCAUGUUUGAGGAGCUGCCAUGUGUGGACCGAGUCUUGAAACUCUGCACGGAUAUCUUUGUGGUGCGCGAGACCGGCGAGAUGGAGCUGGAAGAGACGCUGUUCGAGAAACUCAUCUUCCUGUACCGAUCGCCGGAGACCAUGAUAAAGAUGACCAGAGAGAAGGACGGUUAGGGCUAAACAGCUCAGGCUCUCUUCAUUUGUUGACUUCGUCUUCUCACACAAAACGAAUGCAGGUUAAUGUAUUGAAAAUUUUAAUUUCUGAAACAUUACUUUUAAGUUUCAUAAAAGUUUUAUUAAUUACAUGAACAAUACUUAUUUAUUAACCACAGCAUAUUUCUGGUGCAUACAAAGUCUAAUUUACCAAUUGAGAGUUAAUCAAAUAGACUUUGAAGUGUUUGAACCAAAUAUGAAAGUCCAAAUGUAGAGGAAAAUGCUUGUUUUCUGUGAUGCAUGAUUUUCUAAUAGUUUUGAAUUUGUACGGGUAUUUAUCAGUAAGACUUCCAGGAUGAAACAGCUUUCCACACUUCUGUAAAUACCAUGUAUGUCUGUACAUCUCUAUGUAGACUGCUAUACUAAAUUUAUUUGAAUAAAUACAAGUUAAAUGA